AUGGAUAGCCAACCACGACAUUGCAAGACCAGUCACAAUUGCAGAGAAACCCACCUUGUAAGAAACGGAAGUUCCGCUCUUGACAACGGUCUUUUUGGAUUUAUCCUGCUCUGCGACUCCACUGUUGACUCCCGGAGUUCCUUUGGUGAUAUCUCCAGAUUCGUCGACAAACGUGGAUUUGAUAAUGGCGCUUCCCUUGACAACUUUGAGCUGCUUAAAGCCACUGGCGUCAAUGUUUCCGUGGAACUCGAUGGCUCCUCCAAUAGCACGCAGAACAGGGAAGAAGUCAACCUUGGUGAUCAAGUCGUUGUCGAUGAUCAUCAGUCCACCUCCGACUUCAGCCAGAGAUGGGAACUCGAUGGUCCUCACGUUUUUAUUAUUGAUCACACUCAAGGUGGUUCCAGUCGACUUGAGCUUAGGCAGCUUGAGGUCGCUGAAUCUGUUGUUGAUGAAUUGGGCAGAGUUCUCGACAACCUGCAAGCUGUCCAAGUUCAGGUUGUUGGUGUCCUUGAUGGUGAUCGUGUGAGCCCAAGUCAGUUCAGGAAGAGAAACCUGCAAGUUUCUGGCGUUGGCCGUAAUCAGCAAAGUGUCGGUGAUCUCCUUGACCGAGGAAUCGAUUCUCUCCAGAAAUCUGUUGUUGUUGAUGUUGAGAACUUUCAAGGACUCCACGUUGAAUCCAGAAAAGCCCGUCAAAGAGGUGUCACUCAUCACCACAGAGUUGAUGUGUUUGAUUCCCUUAUCCAGAUUCACAGCGCUAAGAAUAGGGAGCACUUUCCACGAGAUGGUAUCGAUACUCUCCAACUUAGGCAGAGAAAUAGAGGCCAAGGACGUCAGAGUGUCGAGAGCAAACGUUCCGUCGAUAGUAGAUAG